GUAAUUCGGUAAUGUGGUUGGGGAUUCCCGUGAUCUGAACCACAGUAUUGGCAGACCGUCAUGUAAACCGAGUUAGGGACGAAGUGUUUUAAAAAUGUUUGUGACUUGUGCUUGUAAAACUUCAAUUUUUAUUUUUAUUAUCACCCUUUAGUCCCGUCCCAUGUUUCGCCCCAUCAAAAUGGGGCUGCAAGCAAAUGAAUAUUUGAGACGUAAACAUGAUAAUGUGUCGGACGGAAUUUUGGAAAACAAUCGACUUGACGAACAAUACACGGUUGAUUGUUUAUUGAAAAAGUCCGAAUCCCUUUUUGAAUUAACAAACUACCAAGAUGUGAUCAUUGUUUGUAAGAAAAUUAUCGAAAUGCUGUCAGACAAAGUUCAUGAUGUUAAAGGAUUUUUGGCACGAAAGAGGCUGUUGCAUGCUUUAUUUUUGAUUAAAAACACUUCAGAAGCGGAAUUGGUUGUGAACGAUUGGCUGAUAUUAAUAAACGGUAAUGACCAAUUAAAGGAACUAGAAUGCAUACUUAAAAAAAUAUUAUCAACUUUAGGCCUUGUACAGAGUAAACCUAAUCAAAAGGAUUUAUUCCACUCUUUAGAACAAAUCAUUGAGACUAGCAUGCGCACUGCAAUUCAAAUACAACCAAAGAUGGAGAGACCUGGGUCGACCUUCCCAUGCAUUUACUGCAACGUGUCGUUCAACGACAAAUUAGAAUUACGGGCCCAUUGUCAAACCGAAACGCACGAAAUGAUGAUCAUGUCGGACGAAGGUCACGACUGGCAUUGGAGGGCGCCGCCUCGUGGCGCCAAGAGCGACAACUACGUCCUUUGCGAGAGCUUCCGCGAGACCGGAAACUGUAGAUACGGAUACCAAUGUGUGGAGGCGCACGGCAUUGAUGAACUCGAGGAGUGGAAGCAGCGCUUCAAAUACAGAGAGAUGAAGCUGCAAAGGGCCAAGGAUAAAGAGCUGUUUGGUAAAUCGUACACUGAAGAGUUCUUGGAGAAACUGAUAAAGACUGCCAAUCCUAGCCGGCUGAUGAGGGAAACAUUGGAGGAAGUGGAGUUUUCCUCCACCAUGCCCUUGACUUCGACGGUUUCUUCGAAAAACAGUCAACACGAAUGGACGUUGUUCAUCCACACUAAAAGACCUCUUAGGGCUGUCGCUCUGUUACAAGACACUCAUAGAAAUCACUAUUACAUCUCCAACAUCAUCAUCAAAACCGCAGAAAUCGACAUAAAAAACGACCAGGAAUGGUUGUCCCCCAUUCAGAUGGCGGACGAAUACAAGUUUGCCAUUGACUACAAGAUCAAAGUCGUUUUUAAAACUGACAUUUUCGGCACCUUCCGCCAAUCGAUUGUGUUCGACUUCUAUACGGAACCGGUUCUGGUAAAACAUUUAUGCGUUGAUGUGAUUCCCGACACGGAAAUCGAGAAGAUUAACGAAAUUCGGAAGGAGGUUUCAAUCUCGACCGAACGGUGGACGCCGCAGAACAGUAACAUCCUCACCUUUUGCUCGCAAUUGGUUGGGGGAAGUGCCCAUGAAGAAUGGGAAGAGGGGUUGAAGUCCUUGUAUCCUUGUCCCCAAUCGGAAACAUUCUACCUAUCAAACUCAACGGUUAAUGAUAAGUUUACCAAAAACAAUUAUAGGGAACGCAUGCACCAGUUGUUGUAUGUCGAGGAAAUGGCGAGGUAUGAGUUAAUCGCACAGUACAACUUGACGACAAAGUUGAGAGUUACCCACAGUUACAUAUUAUCGCCAAAUAGUAUGGCUGCCAGUACCGCUAAAUAUUCCAGUAAUGGGGAACUGUUCGCCUCUUUAUCAUUGGGAAAACAACUUUCGGAGGACACUUCCGAAGGCCGGCUCAUUCUUAUGCACUGCACCAUGGUGCUGUUAAGUCCAUCCCACGCCGAAUUCAGCGACAAACGAGAGGUGUAUGAAGCAUUAAUUGAAGACAAGGGAAAGACAACCAUUUAUCUAAGACUGUCAUCGGAGACCGUAAAACACUUAGAGUUGACUCCCGAUACUGAACUCGAAGCUCACAUACAAUUCCAACUCAACCGGAUACCGUAUUGUCAAUGGCACUUCGUCCUCGAUAAAAUGUGUAGUUUUAAGAUGAUUUUCCCGGAAACUUACAUUGAACCAACCAUACCUUGGUCCCCUUCAAGGCAGUGGUCCGGUUCUAUGGACUCAAGAUUGAAUGGCAAGCAAAAGGAGGCCAUUAUGGCCAUCACAACACCUCUACAAAUCGUCCUGCCGCCAAUUUUGGUAAUAGGGCCCUUUGGAACUGGAAAAACGUUCACACUCGCUCAAGCCAUUAAAGAGUUAAUCAAAGAACCGGGGAAUAGAAUUUUGCUUUGCACACACUCGAAUAGUGCGGCUGAUCUUUAUAUUAAAGAUUAUCUGCAUCCUUUAGUGGAAGGGGGCGACGAAAAUGCCCGACCCUUAAGAAUUUAUUACGAAAAGCGUUGGGUUACCACAGUGAGCAACAUCGUCCAAAAGUAUUGUUGCAUAAAAACAAACGCCGGCCUGAGAAGCUUCCAAAUACCUACAUUGGAGGACAUAAAGCGUCACAAAAUCAUAGUCGCAACCUUGUCAACGUCCGUGUUCCUCUCAGCUUUGGGUUUACCCCAGGGACACUUCACGCACAUCCUCGUGGACGAAGCGGCUCAGGCCAUCGAAUGUGAAACAGUUAUUCCUUUGGCUCUAGCCAAUGACCAUACUCGAAUCGUGUUAGCUGGCGAUCAUAUGCAGUUGGGUCCGGAUAUUUUCUCCGACUUUGCCCGAGGACGAAACAUGCACAUAUCAUUGUUGGAACGUCUGUACGAUCACUACCCUCCAAAGUUUCCGUGUAAGAUCUUGUUGUGUCAGAAUUACAGGGCACAUGAGAGCAUCAUCCAGUUCACGUCCGAGUCGUUUUACGACCAGAAACUGGUGUCGAGCAGUAAACAACCAGCACACAGCAAAUUUUUCCCGUUGACGUUCUUUACGACCAGAGGGGAAGAUGUUCAAGACAAGAAUUCUACUGCAUUUUACAACAAUUCUGAAGUCUAUGAGGUGGUCGAGCGGGUGUUGGAGUUGAAGAGAUCCUGGCCGCCGGAAUGGGGGAAUUUAAAUGAUCAGUCCAUUGGCGUCGUUACUCCAUACGCAGAUCAAGUAUUUAGGAUUAGGAGUGAAUUGCGGAAGAAACGGAUUGACAAUGUAUGCGUUGAAAGGGUACUAAACGUCCAAGGUAAACAAUUUAGGUCUAUAAUUUUGUCUACAGUUAGAACAAGGGGUACAUGUACAAAUGAUUCGAAUAAUAAUGUUGAUUAUGGAUUUUUAUCCAACUUAAAAUUAUUAAACACUGCAAUUACUAGAGCACAAAGUUUAGUGGCGGUGGUUGGAGACCCAAUAGCAUUAUGUUCAGUGGGUAGGUGUAGUAAAGUAUGGGAGAGGUUCAUUGAAAUUUGCACGGAAAAUAAAAGUCUCUUCGGAAUUACAUGGUCGCAGUUAAAGCUCCAAUUGGACGGAAUCGAAUUAAAGAAAAUUUAUACGCUAAAUCCUCUCGCACCAGAAUUUUAUCCAAGGUCAUACCCCACACACAAGGUAGAACCAGUUAUAAGACCCACAAUGUCUAAAAUAAUUCCUGCAGUGCAUUCGCCAUUUUUGCCGGAGUAUAGAUUUUACCCUCCUAUUAUGUUUUCUGGUGCCCCACCGACUGCAAUUAAAAUACCUCAACCUCCAGUUCCUCCAAUUUAUUACAACAUGCGUCCCCCUCCCGUUCCGAAUCUGAUGCCCUCUCCUGGAUUUAAUCCACCGGUGAGGAUGAUGAAUCCUCACCAUGAACUCGGUCCUCCAAGGCCUCUUCCCCCUCCUUUAAAUCCGAUGAUUAAUCCAGCCGUGCCCAUUAAUAUGGCAAAAGCUAUGCCCCUCCAUCCACCACCACAACAAUCACCUAUCACCAACAACAAUUGUGCACCACCCAAACCCAUUCCUCCUAUUCCUCAGUCAAUACCAAUCCAACAACCGACUUCGUCGAGCAACAAACUCAUUCAAUUUAUGAGCAACGUGCAUUUCCCAGAAGCCCAAGUCCUGAGCGACUGCAUCAAUUUGCUGCCCCAAAACAUGUCGCUUGCGGACAUGCUGCUACAGCCGCCCAAUUUACAAGAACAGUGGUACAAGUACCUGAGAGAAUCCUCUGGGCUCGAGGCCGCCGAAAAGUUCAAAUACCUGCUGCAAACCACCAACCAGAAGGGCACGAGGGUGUCGGACAAAAACAUAUUCGAACGGGCCACUCCACAACCGUGCGACUCGCCGACCUUCAAUUGGUACGACAGUCCCACAAAUCAGAUAAACUUCAACAAACCCGUGUAUAUGAGGGAAAACCUCCCGAAUGGUACUAACGCGACUGCUGGUCGGACUGACAGAAAUAAACCGGCAGGUGCGAACAAUAACGUUCCUCAACCCGUUAACUUCAAUCCUCCCGUAAAUCAGGCCGACGUUCAAAGAAGGGUGAACGAGGAGUUCGCCAAUUUGAGAAUUAAUAACGAACACGUGGACGCAUUUACUCCUUUCCACAACAAUGAACGUCACGACAACGUUAGUACUAACCACCAGGUGGCACCUAGGUUUUAUAAAUAUUUUAAUUAACUUUAUAUGAUUGUGUAAAUAUUGCCCAGAAGUAUUAUUAUGAUUUAAGUUCUUUAUUUUCGUUGAUAUGUUUUUUAAUUUUUUAAAUUUUAAAAAUCUCUUUUAAUUUAUUAUUUUUUAUAUGUAAAUUGUUACAUAAUUUAUAUAGAUUUCCAAAUGAAAUAAAUAUUUGAUAAUAUAAAAUGUGUGUGAGUUUUGAACGUGAAUCAAUGUUUCCUGGAAUCUCUCACUUUAUCAUCAUUUAGUAUAGUCAUUUUAUAAUAAAUGUGAUAUAAUUGUACUCUUAAUACUCACGUUUAAACCGUAUACAUUUCUAUAUAGGAUCAAAUAUUUGAGGAUAUAGAUGUUUAUUUGUUCUUUCCACUCCAGUUUCUCCAAUAUUUUUAUUAGAUGUUAAAUCUUAAUGUGCAUAAUUGUAAAUAUUGUGAGAAUGUUACUGUAGUUAGGUUUUAGUUAUUUACGUUUUGUACUGUAUACAUUUAUAUACAUCUUAUGAUAUAAUUAAAAAUAUAAGAUGUUUCUGUAU